GUUUGAAGUGAAUUGCAGUUAGACUGGCGGAUUGAGCUGUAUAGAAAGAAUAGAAUCGCUAUCCGUAACUACAACAGUUCUUGUAAAUGUGGUCACUUAAAACAUUUAUUUCUCGUCGUAGGUGUUGUUGAUUCGUUUCAUGCAGUGCUAUCAUUAUGUUGGGGCAUCAUUACCCAAGCGUGGAAAAGACACAACUGGUUAGCUAUGUGGAAGAUUAUCUGGAAUGUGUGGAGUCUUUGCCUUUGGAUAUACAGAGGAAUGUUUCGUUGCUACGAGAAAUUGAUACGAAGUAUCAGGACGUACUGAAAGAGGUGGAUGAUGUUUAUGAGAAGUAUAAAAAGGAGACUGAUGCAAGUCAAAGAAAACGGCUUCAGAACCAACUCCAGCGGGCUCUCAUCAGCAGCCAGGAGCUGGGAGAUGAGAAGAUACACUUGGUUACGCAAAUGAUAGAGCUGGUUGAGAACCGUGCACGGCAAAUGGAUUCUCACUCGCAUUGUUUCCAGGAGCCCAGUGAGGUUGAGACAAACGUCGAGAAAACAACUAAACAAGAGGUACAGCCCCCCGAGCGCUCCUCCGCCCGGCGGCAGCGACGCCAGCGCAAUAGCGAGAGCCGCGAUUCCUGCUACACAGCCAAUGGCGUUGAUGAACAGGGUGAUGAGCCUCCGCCCAAAGAGAAGAAGUCUAAAUCCGCCAAGAAGAAGAAGCGGUCAAAGGCCCCGAAGCGUGAAGCUUCACCGGUGGAGUACACCAUCGACCCCAACGAGCCUACCUACUGCUUGUGCGACCAGGUGUCUUAUGGCGAGAUGAUUGGUUGUGACAAUGAACAGUGUCCCAUUGAAUGGUUUCACUUUUCUUGUGUCGGACUUACCUACAAGCCCAAAGGAAAGUGGUACUGUCCAAAAUGCAGGGGGGACAAUGAAAAAACAAUGGACAAAAGCAUUGAAAAAACUAAGAAGGACAGGCGCUCAAGGUAGUGAUCUAACGGCUGUUAUUAAUGAACAGUCCUACGGCUUGUGAAUACGGUUGUGCAAUAGUUUGCACUUGAUGGCAUCGGCGCAUUAUGAAAGUUCAGAUUCCUCCAAUUAAUAGGUUGUAGCACUUAUUAAAAAAAAAAGAACCUGACUUUAGAAGACAGUGUUGCAACACUAGUACUUUGUAGACUUAGCCAGAUGACAUCCCUUUUACCACAGACUGAAAAAGCUGAAAUCACAAUUACUGCCAUUGACCGGUCAUUUAAUUUAUUUGAUGCUUAUUUAAUAUGCCCGACCGAGUAAUUUUAUAGGUUUAAGAGGCCAAAUCACCAAACCUGAAUAGAAGCAAAAGGUUGAGUUGGGGAGUAUUAGAGGCAGAAAGAUGAAGAUGUUUGUGAAUUCAUACUCUCCAGAGUAAUAAGUGAAGACAUUCAGUUUUUGUUUGGAGUUUUUUUUUUUUUUUAAGUCUUCCAGCUUUUCUACAUUUUUAGAAUUUGUUUGAACUUCAUAUUCCACGGUCCCCUUACCCAUCAACCUUUGGCAGUAUUGAAAUAAACAUGUCUGAGAAGCAUUUGAUAUAAUUGUUCAGUAUGCCAAAACGGUUAUUAGGCUGUACUUUAUCAAGCACAGUGUGUCUUUGGAACUUCGGAGCAUUAUUCGUUCAUCCUCCAAAGAAGCAGGAUAACACUUUUUUUGUGAUCAUGUGUAUCUCUUAUUGUUUGGACUUUUGUCACGUCGUGAAAUGCACUCAUAUGCAGCCUGUCAAGUGCAGUCGGCAGAGUCGAAGACCGUUUUGAGGUGGUUGCUGGGGAAGACUUUUUAUAAUUGAAAAAUGUUUUGUUAUUGCUCAAAUAUUUACAUUUAAGUUAGCAUGUAUGCCAUUUUUACAUUUAAUUGAUAGGUCAUACAGAAGCCAGCCAACAUGUACAAUACUCUUUGAAAUGUCAUUUUUGAUUUUCACAGUGCAGGCAGGUGGCAUGAGUGAAAAUACUACUUGUAAACUCUGCCCUGAAGAUGUUGCCCACUGUGUUCCAAAGGUGUGCUCUUGAAAUAGAUUUGCAGAUGUCAUUUGGUUCUUCUCUGCAAACAAUCAGCCAUUUGUUUGAUGGUGCUUAGAUGUUUUCACUGGUGCUUUGAUGUUUUCAUGAGUAAAUUAAUACGUUCAUGUUGUUUUAUAGAA